UUCGUCCUUUCGUCUGGAAUGCUCUCCAUCCGCCCCUUCCGAUUUGCCCUGGAUUGAUCUCCUUCCAGCUCUUUGGUUUCUGCAUCUCGACCGGAGGGAGAGGAAGGUUGGACCUUUGGAACCAAUGGCGGAGCUUUUGGCUCAAAGGUGCUUCCUUUCCUCGUCCAGCGGCCACGCUUGCUUGUCGCGUUCUCGCGAGCAGAGGGAGAGCCCCGCGUUUGUGGCGCUCCGUCGCAGUGGCUUCCACGGGAGGACAUUGGCUCUUGGUGCGCUGCGAGGGAAGCUCUUGCGUGGACGCGUCUCUUCGGUUCCUGUGCAGAUGACCCCUUCGAUCGGAAAGUCUUUGAAAUGGUGGGAAAAGGGUCUGCAAGCCAACAUGAAGGAGAUCGAGUCGGCGCAAGAUCUCGUCGACUCCUUAUUGAACGCAGGCGACAAGCUUGUUAUUGUAGAUUUCUUCUCCUCUGGAUGUGGAGGCUGCAGGGCCCUCCAUCCCAAGAUUUGCCAGUUUGCAGAGAAGAACCCUAAUGUUCUGUUUCUUCAAAUCAACUAUGAGAAGCUCAAGUCCAUGUGUUAUAGCUUGCAUGUCCAUGUCCUCCCAUUUUUUAGGUUCUACCGCGGAGCCCAUGGGCGCCUCGGCAGCUUCAGCUGCACCAAUGCCACUAUCAAGAAAUUUAAAGAUGCAUUGGCCAAGCACAGCACGGACAGGUGCAGCCUCGGCCCAGCAAAGGGCUUGGAGGAGUCGGAGCUUCUGGCUCUGGCUGCAAACACAGACCUCUCCUUCAAUUACGCCAAGAUGCCAUCUCUUUUUCCAAGUCCUGAUGAUGUUGCAGAGAGAGCUCGUGCAAGCCCAAAAUUCCCUGUGCUUGCAACCCUCAGCGACACCCAGGAUUCUGAAGACAAGGCCAUGGUCACCGCUGGCAGAUGACCUCCAUUUACCCUUGUACCUUUCGCAACUGCUACGUAUACAUGUACACUUUUGUUCAAUGUAGGGGAUCUUGUCCCAGGCCUCUCUUCUGUGUAUAUGUACUGUUACCAUAGAUGCAGCAGUGCAGGCGCAUGCUUUUUUUUUGUGUUUGAGCCUGCUCAGUAGUCAUGUGGCGAGCGAUGAGGGAGGGAACUUCAUGUUCUUGCUCGAGGGUUUGUGCAUAAUCUUUAUAUCAUCCUUGCUUCUUUGUGAC